GGAACAACAAUGCAAACGUCGCAGAAGAGUUCCGCCCUGCUAUAAGAUAUGGUUUUCAAAGACAAAAUGGGCAAAUGUCGCAGUUUUCAAGUAUAGUUUGCGCUCUUAGCGCUCAUUAUUUUUACGUUUACAAUGGAGAAUGGCUUCGUUGACUGUCACUGUCAUAUAUCAGCCCGGGAGUUUGCAGAAGAUCUAGAGGAUGUGAUCCAAAGGACCAGGGAGGCUGGGGUAAAGACUUUGGUUGCAGUUACAGAAGAAGUCAGCGAGUUUGACAGAGUUCUCCAGCUGCAGGAACGUUAUCCAGAUCUGGUGGCCCCAUGUUUUGGCAUCCAUCCGCUGCAGGGUGACGAGGGCCCCGCGCAGCGCAGCGUGAAGCCUCAGGAGCUGGAUGCUGCCCUCCCACAAUUCUUCAAACACAGGGAACGCCUCGUCGCUAUCGGAGAGAUUGGUUUGGACUUCACGCCGUGGUGUGCUGCCACGCAGCAGGACCGAGACGGCCAGAUGGAUGUCUUCAUUAAGCAGCUAAACAUCGCCAAGGAGCUCGACCUGCCUGUGAACGUCCACUCACGAUCAGCUGCUAAAGUCGUCAUAGCGACCAUGAGAGAACAAGGCGUCACUCGGGCUCUGCUUCAUAACUUUGCGGGGAAGCCGUCGGUAGCUCUGGCGGGCGUGAAGGCUGGAUUCCUCUUCUCCUUCCCCCCCGCUGUCUGCAGGAACCACCAGAGAGACAAACUGAUCAAGCAGAUCCCGCUGGAACACAUCUGUCUCGAAACGGACUCUCCUGCACUGGGGCUCGACAAGCACGUGAGGAACGAGCCGUGUAACAUCGUUCUGUCCUGCCGGUACAUCGCUGACGUCAAAGGUCUGUCGUCUGAAACGGUUCGGCUCGUCACCGGGCAAAAUGCACACAGACUGUUCCCCAAAGUUGACGCUCACGUGCAGUACACAUGUUUCUGAAAUGCAAUGUUUGGCCUGAGGGUGGCGCCAGAGGCAACUUAAAAAAAUUAACUUAACCUUGUGUUGUCCUUCGGGUCCCAGAGACCGUCCUGCAUUCAGUUGUAUUUUUCUGCUACCUUGGCCUCGGCCUCUGGGGUCCCGAGACCCGUCCUGCACUCGAACACAUAUCCCACUAGCCUCAGCUCGUCUUCCGGGGUCCCGAGACCCGUCCUGCACUCGAACGCGUAUCCCACUAGCCUCAGCUCGUCUUCCGGGGUCCCGAGACCCGUCCUGCACUCAAAGAUGCAUGUGGAACAUGUGUACUGUAUAAUCGCAUAAAAAUAAACAAGGGUCUCGGAGACCCGAAGGGCGAGGCCACGCCGGCAGUUGACAUGAAGUGAAAAAGGCCCCGGGGACCCAGAAGCACAACGCCAGGCUAAUACAAAGUGUAAAUAAAAUAAACAAGUCCCCGUGUCAAUAAAAUAAACAAGUCCCCGUGUCAAUAAAAUAAACAAGUCCCCGUGACACAGAGGACAACACGAGGGUUAAAGGCGCUCUAAGCCAUGUCAGGGGAUGUCACUUCUUGUUUUUUUUUAUUUUGAAAACGAUUUACAUCGAUUUACAACAUUCAGUCAUCACAGCUCAUAACAUAAGAUUAUAGAGAAAUAAUUGCAACUGAUAUAAUAUGAGAACAAGUAAAAAAGUGAUAGUUAUAGUAUAAACUAACACAUGAAGAGAGAAAACACAUUUUAAAAAAUUAAAUAAAAAUGUUUGGAUAGUUUGGAGUACAUAUUAGAUAUAACUGUACUUUCUUAUUUGUUACUAAGUUGAGACUCAAAAUAUAUGUCAAUUUCCAUUCUGAAUAGUUUAAAACAUGGUCUUGAUAUGGAAAAGUUUGAUUUAUGAAUGUCAAACUUACCCAAUAAAAUUUAAAAAAUAUAACAAUAUUACAUACAUUUCUAUCCUUACAUUCAAAAUAUGUAAUAAUAUGUUUCCCUUCAAGUGUGAUUGUACGUGUUUUAUAUACCAUAUCAAUUUCAAAACUUUUCCAAAGUGUAAAACAAAAUGAAACACCAUAGAAGAGAUGACUUAUGAGUUAUGUAUGAGUUAUAUUUCUUAUUGACGUAAAGAGUAUUGUCUAAAAACACAAAGGCUAGCUUGCUCCUCCCCUCCUACUCCUACUGUCCCGUCCCCCUCCCUUCUGCUCACUAACCCCCCCCAACCCAUUAGUCUCAGCUGGAGAGAGAAUUGAUAGCAUGUUAGCAUUUAGCUCAAUGCACAGCUAGGGCUGAAAAGAUUUAGUCGUUUGUUAUUAUACUGGUUAAGAUACUUUACUCAGGACCAAAGCUUUGGACAAAUAGGCCAACAGGAACUCAAGUUACACAGAAAUACACCUAUACAGAAAUAUUUUAUAAAGAUGUAUUAUGUUCUCUGUUUAUGGAAAUAAAACCCUGAAAGUUGA